AUGUUGAUGCCAGUGAGAACGGACACGUUGUACGAAAGGAUCGCUGUUGAGGCAAUUGGUGAGGCCCUGUACGACAGUGUUGAUUAUUGCUUGUUGAAUGGUUUACUCGUUGCGAGGAUGGUCGUUGCCGCUGUCGCUCGAGAUAAGAGCGCUGUGUCGGCGUUGGCGAGUUGUAGCGUCCACUCGCGGCGAUGUUGUAUUGUUGUGGAGGUGCGGGCACGGGGUUUCCGUCGCAGCGUCAUGUCGGCUCCCGUGGGUGGAAGCGUCAUGAUGAACUUCGUGAUCUUCAUCGGCUGA